GUUAUUCUCCAAACGAAGAUAUCAUGGAAUCUUUUUCUUUUCGUGACAGUACCUCUCCCUUUUUGUAAAAAAUUAGACGGGUUAAAUGCCUCAACUAAAAGAAGCUAGAAGAUAUCGAAAGCGCCGCGAGGCAGAAGAAAGUGACGAUGAUCAACAGGAAACAUCUUCAACGAGUGAGGCGUUAGAGGAAAGGAAAGAACUACAACGAUUCCGGAAGCGACAGGCUGGAGUGUCGGCUGUAGCUCUUGCUCUUGGAAAAACUCUCGCACCAGAAGAAGAAGUUGAGAGCGAUCCUUUUAAACUGAAAACAGGCGGGCUUGUGCAAGUGAACGAUUUGAUCCAGGAUAGAAAUCGUGACAGAGAAGGGGAAGACAAAGAGAAAUCGAUUAACUUAGGAGCAAAUUUUGCUGCCGAAACAAACAGAAGAGAUGAAGAUACUCACAUGUUGAAAUACAUUGAAGAAGAGAUGGCGAAGAGGAAAGGUGUUGCACCGGAUAAAACUAUUCAGAUUAAGCCAAAAUCAAAAGAAGAUUUGCUGUACCAGGUUCCAGAACACAUUAAUGUGAGGUCAAAGAUAAUGGCAUCAGAAGAAAUGCUCUCAAAUCAGAUGUUAUCUGGUAUUCCUGAGGUGGAUCUUGGCAUUGAUGCAAAAAUAAGAAACAUAGAGGCUACAGAAGCAGCUAAACAAGCUGUGAUUGACGAACAAAGGAACAAGAAAUCAAAAGAACCAACUGAGAUGGUUCCAACUAACAUGGCUGUAAACUUUAUGCUGCAUAGUAGAUUUUAUGACGAGCAAAAGAACAUUGAUGCAGAAAGUAGGAGGGUUUCUGCAGCAAGAGACAAGGCACAAGAGCAAGAGAAAGCAAUUAAAAAACCAACAGUAAAGGCUGAUGAUACUUCAUCAGCAUCAAACAGCCAAGCACAUGGAACCAGUGUUACUGUAGCUGCUGCUCCAAACAAGAAGAGAGCUGGGGACAAAGUUGAAAAGGCCACUGAUGAUUUCUUUUAUGAGAAAUUUAAGAAACGAGCAAGAGACUCGUGGAGAUACCAGUAAGGUACCUCUGUACAAUGCUGCUUGCUUGUGAAUCAGAUGCAUUGAAAAAUACAAAAUGUCAACAAAAGCUGACAGGCAGCAGAAAUAUUACUAUGUUAUUAAGGUUCAUUCUUCAACACUUGUAGCCCUCUCAAGAGUUCUAAAACUAUACACUCUUAUUCAUACCAGUAACUGUAUUUUAAAGUAAUUCCUCGUGUUUUUACACCUCUUGAAGGAUUUUCCUCAAAGUAUUAGUGUCUAUGAUAAAAAAGGACUUAUUCCAAUAGACUACUUAAAAAACAUUUUUCCUGUCUCAGUGAAAUACAAGAAACUGUUUA